UAUUUAGCAGGAUUCUAACGCCCGAGCUUCAGAAUUACCGCAACAGUGCAGUUGUAGCGAACGAACGAUUUGUCAAAACGACAUAAACUGAGUGAUAUUUAUUCGAAAAUGAAAGUGGAGUUCACGACGGUUUUGGUCCUGGCCAUCCUUUCCAUUGCAGCAGGACUACCUGCUACAUCUCCUAGAGACAUCAAGGAUGAGGUAGAGAUAGUACCUUUGGAACACAAUCCUUAUGGAGAUCAACCUAUUGUCGACACGGGAAUCAUUGGGUAUGGACCAUUUUCAAAUCCUUUUAGUGGUCUUUUGGAAAAUCUUGAAGGUAUAAUGACAAGAAUGAGGCAGCAAAUGGAUGCUCUUCUAAAGAGAUUCCCGGCAAUCAGAGGCAAUUCCACGGAAGAUAUUCCAGAUUUUCCCAUUGGUGUGGGUCUACCAGCAUUUGGAGAUAUUGAUUUGAGCAAAGGAAACACUACAUCAGUCACAAAGGUCAUCGAUGGACACAAAGUAGUAAUUAACGAGACCGAAUACAAAAAAGAGGACGAUUUCGGAGGCGCCUUCUUCAAGGUGCGUAUCAUCGACGUAAGGCCAGACAGCAGCGAAUUGACCACCAACGGAGACACAGAAGUAGUCACCACACCACCAUCGGUCCCAGAUAGAGAAUCGAUAGAAAAUAGCAUCGAGAAUGAGAUCAUUAAGAGCAAAGAGGCCCGAGACACCGACAACAUCGAGACUUUCGACGAGGUAGACAACCGUCCUUUCCAAAAAUUCAAGUAUUCCACCAAUCUGGGUCCGGAAUGGAACGAUGUCGAGUCCAUCGAGACCUUCGAAGAUAACUCUAUAACCCCCCACCAGUAUCCACCGAGGCCAAUUGAUCUGUCCGAUGACAUACGAGUAAACCAAAUCUUGGCCGAUUCUGGCGCGCCCAUCAAUCCCGAUGCGGAGUUCAUUUAUGAUAUCAGGGAACCUCAAAAUUUGAGACAGACUGACAGAUUCUUGAACCCUAGAUAAAAUUGGAUGAAUGAUGUUCGGAGAGUGUAUUAUUUAUUUUAACCAUGUGCGCCGACUUUAAAAUUAGCGCCGCCUUGGAAAAACUGUUCUAAAGUUGUAAGCCGCCGUGAUGUCAAAUUUCAUUUUUUUUAAUGCUGCAGAGCUCCAGUAUCUAUAUUUUUUUACCAAAGAAGCGUUUUUCUAAUUUAUUGUACCUUCGAAAUCCUUAACCGUAAUUUAAUGAUUAUUUAUAUGCUAAAAAUUGAUUAAAUGUGUAAAUUACCAAAUAUUAGUUUUACAAAACCAGAACCAAAUUUUUACUGUGCAAGUUCGAAAAAUAAAAAGUGAACUUAAA